CCGAGAGGAGAGGAGAAAAAGAAAGGAGAAGAAGAAGAAGUCGCCUUGCCGCCGUUGUUUCCUUUUGUUCCGCCGCCGUCCGUCGCCGACCGCCCUCGCCGUUGUUCCUCGUCGCCGUCUGCCACGUUAGUUAUGGAUAAGGGUUGGAUGAAACUUAGAAAUAAGUUAUCCCUUGAGUAUAGACAUGGAGUGACCCAAUUUUUAGAAUUUGCCAAAUUUCACGUUGAUGCUUACGGACGAUUUCAACGAUCAAGCAAUGAACAGGUUUGUUGAGCAUCAGAUGCUCACGACCUUUAAAGAGUUCCGGGCCGACUGUCAUAAACAUUUCAAAAAGUACAGCGACCCGGAGGAGGCUCGUGCCAACCUACCAAACGCAUUGGUUGGACGUGAUGAGGAUUGGCACUUCCUCUGCGACCAUUAUAUCAGCCGUGCAUUCCAGGAGCAAUCACGGACAAACAAGGCUGCUCGACAGAAGCAGCCUUACAAUCAUAGUAGCGGGUCGAAGUCGUUUCUACAACGACAGUAUGAGCUCGCUGAAAGAAGAGGGCAGCCGGUCGAUCGUGUGGAAUUGUUCCGGGAAACACACGUUCGAGCUGGGACAUUCGUGUCGCAGGCCGCCGAGGAUGCACAUAAUCAAAUGCUGGAACUCCAAUCCCAGCCUACCCCAGAGGGUAGUCAGCCACUCUCUGAGGAUGAGAUAUGCGAUCAGGUGUUGGGUCGACGACCAGGCUACUCAAAAGGCCUUGGUUGGGGACCCAAGCCGAAGGCCCGCAGAACGGCAAGUGCAAGCAGUUCGUCGACAUCUUGUUCGCAGUCCACACAAAAAGAGAUUGAAUUACAAGCUAAACUUCAUGAAGCUUUGGAACGGAUUGAAGUACAAGAUAGAAAUCACCAAGCAUUAGCUUCACAAGUGGAAGCUAUGAAAAAGAUGAUUGAAGACCUAACUCGUGCACAACAGGGACCACCACAUGAUCCCUAGCCCUGCGGACCGAAGGUGUAGAAUGACGCGCAUACGCACCUCGUUGGGAGAUUGGGUCUUAUGUUUAUGUUUUUUGUAUAUUGAAAACUAUAUUUUCUUGUAGUCAACUUAUUCGUAUUAUUAAUUUUAAUUCUAUUUUUUAA